UCUACAAAGGCUACAACUCCCUCUAAACAAAAUUAGCCCAAGUAUCAGCUUAAGCCCAAAAUCCGAAACCGGAAAUGAUCCCUUCUCUCUCUUUUAUCUUGUAAAACCCUUCAUCCGAAGAACUCUAAAACCCCAUUUCCGAUCCGACGGAACCUCCGCAUCUCCUCCAUGGCCGUCUCCAAAUCCACUUUCCUCUCCCACCUCAGAACCCUAGCCCAACUCCACGUCCACGGCCACCGGCGCCGCCAACUGCUUCCUUCCUUUGUCACUCUUCGAGACCUUUCUUUUUCCACCCCUGAAGAAGCAGCAGCGGAGCGCCGCCGCCGCAAACGCCGCCUCCGCAUCGAGCCUCCGCUCUCCUCCCUCAAUCGCUCUCAGCAACCCACCCAACCCAAACCCAUCCAGAAUCCUAAUGCCCCCAAAAUACCCGAGCCGGUAUCGGCGCUUUCUGGCAAUCGACUCAACCUCCACAACAAGAUCCUGACCCUCAUUCGUCAGAACGAUCUCGAAGAGGCGGCGCUCUUCACUCGACACUCCAUCUACUCCAAUUGCCGCCCCACGAUUUACACCGUCAAUGCUGUCCUCAACGCGCAGCUCCGCCAAUCAAAAUACUCUGACCUCCUCUCCCUCCAUCGAUUCAUUACGCAAGCUGGCGUCGCUCCCAAUGUCAUCACCUAUAACCUGAUUUUUCAGACCUAUCUCGACUGUCGAAAACCGGAUACUGCUAUGGAGCAUUACAAGCAGUUCAUCAAUGACUCGCCAGUCAAUCCCUCCCCUACAACUUACAGAAUUUUGGUGAAGGGGUUGGUGGAUAAUGGGAAGUUAGAGAGGGCCAUGGAGUUGUUGCAGGAUAUGGGUGAGAAGGUUUUGGAUGCGGACCCAGUUGCGUAUAGUUAUUUGAUGUUGGGUGCUGCUAGGAAUGGGGAUGCAGAUGAGAUUUUUAGGCUUUAUGAGGAGUUGAAGGAGAAGAAAGGUGGGUUUGUCCAUGAUGGGGUGGUCUAUGGGAGCUUGAUGAAGGGGCAUUUCAUGAGAGGGAUGGAGAAAGAGGCUAUGGAAUGUUAUGACGAGGCUUGUGGGGAGAAUUCAAAGGUGAAAAUGAGUGCUGUUGCUUACAAUUCAGUGGUCGAUGCCUUGAGCAAGAAUGGAAAGUUUGAUGAAGCUUUGAGGCUGUUUGAUAGGAUGAGGAAUGAGCAUAAUCCGCCUAGGCGAUUGGCUGUGAAUUUGGGGAGCUUUAAUGUGAUUGCUGAUGGAUAUUGUGCGGAAGGGAGGUUUAAGGAUGCCAUUGAGGUUUUUAGGAAGAUGGGUGAUUAUAGGUGCAGUCCAGAUACUUUGUCUUUCAAUAAUUUGAUUGAUCAGUUGUGCAAAAACGGGUUGCUGGUUGAAGCUGAAGAGCUUUACGGAGAAAUGGGUGAUAAGGGUGUGAAUCCUGAUGAAUAUACUUAUGCUCUGUUGAUGGAUGCAUGCUUUAAGGUGGAGAGGAUUGAUGAUGGGGCUGCAUAUUUUAGAAAGAUGGUAGAAUCAGGUCUGAGGCCAAACUUGGCGGUUUACAAUAGACUGGUUGAUGAGUUGGUUAAAGUGGGCAAGAUUGACGAGGCAAAAUCAUUCUACGAUAUGAUGGUGAAGAAGCUCAAGAUGGAUGAUGCAAGCUAUAAGUUUAUGACGAAGACGCUGAGUGACGUGGGGAGAUUAGAUGAUGUUCUAAAAAUGGUUGAUGGGAUAUUGGAUGAAGGAGCUGAAUUCAGUGAGGAAUUGCAGGAGUUUGUUAAAGAGGAAUUGGGAAAGGAAGGAAGAGCAGAAGACUUGACGAAGCUUAUGGAGGAUAAAGAGAGGCAGAAGGCUGAAGCUAAGGCCAGAGAGGCUGAGGCAGCUGAAGCAGCCAAGAAGAGUGCAAGAGCUGCUGUUGCUACCUUGCUCCCCUCUAAGUUGUUUGGAAAUAAGGAGGUUAAAUCAGAAUCCCCUUUGGCCUCAGGGAGUGCCGUUGAUGAUGCCUCUGCAAAUGAAGCAACUGCUAAUAAGGAAGCUGUUGAGGAAGCUACUGUUGUAGAAUCUGCCACUGCUGAUUCAAACUCAGUCGAGGAUACAAUCAAGAGUGAGCAUUCUGAUGAAACAGAAUCUGAAAAUAAUGACAAGGUAGCUGCUUGAGAAUUGAAGUAUUGUCCUUUUUCUUUUUAUCAUUGAAAUAGUAUUCAUGUUUUCCUGUUAAAUGCUAGCAUGUUCUUACAAUUUCAAUUCUAGAACAAAUGAUUCAAUUUUUU